UAUCCAGUACCAAUGGAUUUGAAACAUUUAAGGUUGCUUAAGGUAUUGGAAGCUCGAAUGGUAUUCAUCGAAUUCCCAAUGGAAGUGGCGAAACUAUUUCAACUAAGAUACCUUUACAUCGUUUAUGAUCGAAGCAUCCCUCCUUCCAUAUCUAAACUCUCGAACCUUGAGUACUUGAUUGUUCAUCGACAUCUUAGUAUCAAAAAAUAUGAUGAGACUUUAUCGUAUCUGCCAAUUGAGAUAUGGAAAAUGAAAGAACUGAAGUCCCUCCAAAUCUUGGGAAGAGACCUGCCAUGUCCUUGUGAAGGGUCUCUCUUACCAAACCUCGUACAACUUUUUGGUGUGAGCCAUCAAAGUUGUACGAAAGAUGUUUUUGAAAAAAUCCCUAACCUAGAGGUUUUGAUGAUCCGAAUUGAAUUGGCUCCUAAUGCUAAUUAUGAACCCUUGAGCAUCUUUGAUCAUAUUUCCCAUCUCCCUCGACUGAAAAUACUUAAUUGUGCCAUUGCGAAUCCUGUAUUUUUUACCGAGGUUGUCACCCCACUCGCUCCCCUUUCAGAACUUCCAUCAAGUCUUACAAAGUUAACUUUGAAAGGCUUAGGCUAUAAGUGGGAAGAAAUGAGCAAGAUUUCGGUAUUGCCAAAUCUUAAAUAUUUGAAGUUGGAAUGCUUUGCCUUUAGAGGCCCAACAUGGGAAGUUCAUGACAACGAAUUCCAAAGUCUUAUGUCUCUUAGUAUUGAAGACAAUGAUCUCGAGCAUUGGACGUUUCAAAGUUAUUCGUGCAUGCCUAUGCUUAUGUUGGUUGACAUCGAACAUUGCUACAAGUUAAAAGCGAUCCCCGUGACGACAUUCAACACAUUACUAAAUGAGAUUGAAAUAGUUGAUUGCGAUCCUAUGGUUGUGAGAUGUGCAAAAAACCUGAAAACGGAUUGGGACGACAAACAUGGUGAGGAAAGUUCACUAGUCCUGAUUGUUCGUUCUUCAUGGGAUGAUGGGAGCAUCCACGCAUGACAACCCAAAAAAACUACUCCAUAAAUGUUUCAGUAUGGAUGCAGAGCAAAAGAAGGCUUGCCUCUGAACUUGAGCAAAUGAAGAAUUGAAGAAUUCUCCAAGAAAUACAGGAAUGUGAUCUUCAGGCAGCUCAAGCUUUGAUGCAAUAUGCUGAAAAAAUAAUUGUUUUUAUUUUAUUUUAUUUAUUUUAAGUUUGUGAUAAUAUAUAUAUGUGUGAUGAUUGCUAUUCAUCAUUCAAUUUAUCAAUUGGAUGUUGCAAUAAUGUGUGCAAAACUUUGAGAUAUUGUUUUUUGAUAUUUGGGACAAUGAUUGUAAUUACUAUUUCAAGAUAUUUUUACU